AUGGAGCAGAGUAAAUCUAAUUCACCUAGAUUAUUCUUGUGUACUGCCAUAGAAAAUAAGGACGAGGUUGAGGAGAGAUAUGAGAGAGCCUAUAAUUAUUUCCAAUCAUUGGUUGCCGACUGCAGUGAAAAGGAAGCUCACGACGCGCUUAACAAUGCAGUAUGCAAGAAUCAUGAAGAUGUAUCUCUUGGAAUGUUGAUGUCCAUCCUGACAGAACCCCACAAUGCCACCAAGUGCUAUAGAGAUCUUACACUCAUCACAAGAGAUGGUUUAACAUGUGUGCUCAAUAACUUGUCCAACUUGAUCCUGGAAAGGUACUUGAAGUUUCAUGACACCACUCGCAAUCAACUUCUGUGGCUGAUAAAAGAAAUGAUAAGAAAUGCAGUCAAUGGUGUGGAUAGUGUUUGUUGGAAUUUAAUGCGCUAUGCUUCUGGUGGAGAUGUGACUCCCAAAAACAUACAAUUAGUAGAAUCUCUUUUAGACAUUUAUAUUGAAAAUCGAGCAUGGCUAGAUAAGUUUCCUGUACUUAUUUGUAUGGUGGUAUACACAUAUUUAAGGUUAAUAGAAGACCACAAUAUACCACAGCUCAUGAAUUUAAGACAAAAAGAAGUAAAUUUUGUUAUCACUCUAGUUAGAGAGCGCUUUUCAGAUGUUUUAACACUGGGCAGAGAUUUAGUGAGAUUACUUCAAAAUGUUGCUAGAAUUCCUGAAUUUAAUCAAUUAUGGCAAGUUAUUUUUACAAAUCCCAAAUCUUUAUGCCCCACAUUCACUAAUAUACUACAAUUGCUACAAACAAGAACAUCCCGUAGAUAUCUGCAGUCACGGCUUACUCCUGAUAUGGAAAGGAAAUUGGUCUUUCUUACAUCACAAGUGAGGUUUGGCCACCAUAAAAAGUAUCAAGAGUGGUUCCAGAGGCAGUAUCUUGCAACACCUGAGUCACAGUCACUUAGAAGUGAUAUGAUCCGGUUCAUUGUGGGUGUGAUACAUCCUACUAAUGAACUCUUAUGUUCUGAUAUCAUUCCAAGGUGGGCUGUUAUUGGGUGGUUGCUUACGACUUGUACUUCAAAUGUAGCUGCAUCAAAUGCUAAGCUAGCCCUUUUUUAUGACUGGUUGUUCUAUGACCCAGAAAAAGAUAAUAUAAUGAAUAUUGAACCAGCUAUACUCGUAAUGCAUCACUCAAUGAGAUCCCAUCCAGCUGUAACUGCUACAUUACUUGAUUUUCUAUGUCGAAUCAUUCCAAACUUUUAUCAACCGUUUGCUGAUAAGGUUAGACAAGGCAUAUUUAAUUCACUACAACAAAUUAUAGAAAAGCGGGUGCUUCCUAAUUUGCACCCAUUGUUUGAUUCUCCCAAGUUGGAUCGUGAACUCAGAACAACUGUGCAAGAAACCUUCAAAGAGUUUUGUACAAAUGGAAAUGGUGAAGGUGUUUCGGGUUUGCGAGAUGAAGGCAAUGAGGAUCUGCCUAGAGGUAAUCCUGAUGAACCUGCCUUCUCUGACGAUGAAGAAGAAGCACCUCCAAACAUUGCUGAAGACACAGAUGACGAUGAUUUGCCACUUUCCGAAGUCCGUGCACGCGAGCGGCCCGAGUUAGCGGCAGCAUUGCCUCUAGUAUUACGUCCUCUAGCUGAAACUUUAUUAGACGAACGUUCUUUAGCCGCUGCUACUGCUCUUAUUAACGCUUGCAGUGCUCCUAUGCCAACUGCUGCAGCUCUUGCUGACCUAUUUGCAGCUGCUGUGCAAGAAGUUCCAACUCUACGAGUUAAUCGUAAUCCAUCUGAAGCAGAACUCGACGCAUCUCUGAAUUCACCACUGUUUGCCAUGUUUUCAUAUAUUACUGGGGCCUCAGGUACUGGACAUGAUACAGAAGUAAAGCGAAAACUUAUGAUGGAAACGUUAAAGGAAAUCCAUAAUCAAAAUACUCUUCAUAAUGUAGGAUUUUGUUUACUGUUUUAUCUUAAAGUUUCAUAUGAGCGAGAACGGCGUAGCGAACGCGAUCUUGCCAAAAGAAGAAAUGUUAAGUUUAAAGCAGAGGUAUAUAAAGAAUAUUGUAGUUACUUAGAGUUGAAGUUGGCUGAUAGCUUAGCAUUUGAUUUUGAAAGAUGUCAGGAGUGUGAUGCAAAUGUGUUGGUAUGGUUGAUACCAGAUAUUUACAGAGAGUUUAAAGAUCAAGCACAAAACCACAUUAGGUUGCUCCAUGCUAUAGUAAUGGCAUUGGAUGCAGGACAGCUACAGAGACUUGUGUGUUUAACUCUACAAGGCACUCUAAUGAUGUUUAAGUCUGACGAUAUCACAACAAUGCUGCAAACUAGUUUGGGGUGGGAAACAUUCGAACAGUAUUGCCUUUGGCAACUCCUAACUGCCCAUGAUAUAUCAGUAGAAGAUGUCUUACCCAUCAUACCUAAACUAUCUUAUAAAGACCACUCUGAAGCACUUACAUCAGUUCUCUUGAUGUUAAAGCAAGAAAAACCAACAGCGGAUGUUGUACGACAAUUAUUCUGUCGACCGGUAGACGAAGAAGACACUUUUGUAGUGUCUACGUUAAUGUAUUGGUGCCAAGAUUACGAAGAUAAAGUUGGCGACUUACUUUCAGUACUAUUAAGCACGAGAUACCCAGGCACAAGCCCCAAUAAACGAAAACGUCCUGGGAAACAUAGCAUUCCACCAAAUGCUCCGCCUUCUGCUGAACUGGUGCUUGGGCAUUUGGAACAAAUGAGAGUAUGCUGUGUAGAACAAAACGACAUGUCUAUGUUUAAAAUGGAGUGUAUGCAAAAAGCGCUUCAACAAGCACAGUCAAAUAGUAGUGAUAGUUUAAGGAGACAAUAUAGUGAAUUACUUGCUCUGGCGUGGGAGGAGGAGUUGCCGACAUCAAGACGAGCCAGAAAAUUAGUGUCGAAUUCAUUACCGCUUAACCAGAAUCUGCAUUCAUCAAACGAAGAUAGUGAGGAAGAAGAGAUAGUAAAGCCGAAACAGGCUAAACGAAGAAAGAAGGCAAUCUCCGAUAGCGAUUGA